UGAGACCUUCCUGUUAACUGCUUACGUACUACUACUAAUGAGUUCCGAGCUACAGUUUACUGAACUGGAGGAGACUCAGGACUUACUACAAGACCUUCUGGCCUUCCUCGACGACAAUUUAUUGAGUGAGGAGGCCGCAGCGUCAUCUAUUGCUUUGAACAUAAGCCAAGGUCAUGACAUGAAAAGUCGUUCGAGAAUAUAUUAUGCAGCCUACGAUCGAUGUCGACGCGAGAAGAAGAAGGCGGAGAGGCAAGCUCUUGUGAGUAAAGUGGCUCUGUAUGAGAAGCAGCUGGAGCGACUACGAGCUCAGAGGUCCAAACCUUGUACAAAUUCCAAAUGGGGGUGGGUACAUGCAGCUACAGAUGAAGAAGGAAGACGACGCAAGGCCGAGGAGAUAAAUCGUAACUUAAAGGGGAUAUUGGCACUCCAACUUAACACUACCAAGAUAUUACACACCUACAUUAAUCAUGAAGCGCUGCUUCUUACUCAGCGAGUCCAGAGUGUAAUGGCGCAGUAUUCGCCAUACAAAACACCGAAAACUACAGGGAUUUUUAGAAGCUUUACUGUUAUUGGUGAGUAUCUGAAAGGGAUGUUCCCUCGACUUCGAACUUCAGCAGAAUUCGUGUUUUCUUCCACUUCUUUAGCGAUGGAAGAUCCAAAUUUGAUCGGAGCAUUGAUGAGUUCAGCAAACGUCAAAUGCGAGGACCCCAUGGUCGGUCCUUGUAUUGAGCUUCUUAGCACGACGCCUUUGCCAUGCAAUUUUAAGAGUGCUGUUUCGAUGCUGUGGACCAUGCUUUUGGAGAAGAAGGUCGUAGGAUCCCAUGCUGGAAGCUACACCAUGAAGGUUAGCAUUCUCUACGUCAUAAUUUGCAUUGCUGUGUCACUGAUAGUGUUUUAAUACAGACCAAACUACUGUCCGAGUGCUCAGCAGAAUUCGGAUACUCCAGCUCGGAUAUUCCGGAUUCAUUUGGAUAUUUUGACGGCGUUACUUUGUUUGAGAAACAUCAAGAUGACAACCGAGCUAUUCUACUGUGGGCGUCGAUGUUGGUGGAUCUACAAGGAAAGCCGUUUUCUCUCUCGCAUGGAUAUCUCUGCGUGUCAAGGCUGUUAAGUAACCCACAGCAAGAGUCCGUCGUUCGCAGCUCCAGUCGUCUUUCCAGUACGUUAUUCGGACUCUCGGCCGAUCGAGCUCAAGUGAACACACCGGUCGCAAGAAAGCAUCAAAUCGCUUCGAAGACAAGACUUGAACGUGCCCAACUGAGGCUGAUGGAGAAUGCUGGACGUCAGAAUGAAGACUAGUAGGCAUCCGAGUAACCGCAAACAAAUCACUCCGCGUUGACAGGUUUCUCAUUUAGCAAAAAUUGUUUCUCUUCUCUGCUUAAACCCGUCAUUUCGACACCUUUCUAGCGGCUGUGCAUUCUCAUCGCACCACUCUCUCAUCCCAUCCAUCGUCCGGGCAUAGACACGAUUGGCAGCGCAGUAUAGCGUGUAUGAUUCCACUAAAUCAUUUUACGCACACAUGAACAAGGCAGUCGUCACCUUCAAAAUUUAAGCAUUCACAACACUUCGCGUCUUCCGAGAUAUCGCUGAGUUGAG